GCGGAUGCUGCGGCGGACGCAUCAGUGCUACGCACAUUUACGCCUACCACUUUGCAUAGGACACGCGUGUUUGAAAUUCGACUUUAUAUCAGUGUGGAAUGACUCUUUGUGAAAAUUAAGUGACACUGUGGCAUUAAUAACAAUUCAAUAGCGUCUGCGCAUCGCUGGAACAUCCCUACGCGGCGGGGCGAUGUUAAGAGCGACCACGACGGCGCUGGCGUGCCUCUGCUUGGCGCGCACCUCGCCCGCCGAGUCGCACAACCUGCGCCUGUACACGCAGCAGAACAACGUCAACCAAAAGGAUUUAACUGGUAUCCUGGCAAGUAUCGAGGACAGGCUACGGGUACUGGACUCUGUCAGCGCCGUGCAAGCGAAGCAGGCGCGCCGACUUGACGUCAUCCAAGAUAAAUUAGAACGUGUGGAAACCGCCUUAUCUCUAAGGCUAGAAAGAGCCCAGUUAGCUGCAGAGAGGCUAGAACAUCGGUUACACAUGCUUCAAACAAGUGUGCAGGCAUCUAUCAAAGAGAGCAGUGACAAAUUGGAGCGCAGUCAGAUGAAAAUUUCUGAGUCAGCGCAGAAUCUCACCUCUCAAAUAGCAGUACACAAACGAUUACUGGAUAAGGUGAACGGGGCGUACGCAGACACUUGGCACCGAGGGCUAGUGUUGGAGGCGCUGAUGCGCGACGGGCUGUCCCUGGUGAACGUGACGCGGCGCGAGCUGGCCGACGGGCUGCGGGCCCUGGCACGCCGGCAGCGCGAAGCGAGGCUAACCUCCGCAGACCUCGAGCUCGCCUUCACGAAACGACUCAACGACAACACGUACAAGAUCGAUUUAAAGAUGAAAGAAUUACUAGAGGUGCAAAAGCGUUUCGUCGAUUCAUGUCAACGAGUACAGCUAGAUGACCCCAAUCAUGUAGCCGAUGUGCUGGACAAGCUUAUCGACACACUCAUCAAUAAGACUGCUUCAACAUUCCAUGAACUUCAAAACAUUCAAGUUACAAUACGAAACCACGACUCGAAAGUACAAAAACUGAUCAACUCCGGUCGCAAUGUUCAGAGUGACUCAACAUGCCGGCGCCUCGAAAGCGUCAUACGGAACAGCACACACGUUACAUUCAAAGAAAACGAAUUGCAGCAGUUAACUGAGAAGUUAGUUGACCUGACCAACCGCGCCGACGCCGCCCUGCAACGUCUUGAGACGAAGCUCAAAGACGAAGAGCCUUCACCUAAUAAUAUCACUGCUGCAGCCGAUCAACUUAUACUAAAACUUAACGGAAUCAAAGGAGAAGAUGAAUCUGAUGAAGAAUUUGAUUGGGAGGAAGAUGACCCUGAAGAGAAAAUCUUCUAUAAUGAUGGUGGAGGUGGUGACAUAAUGGAAGAAGACAAGGAAAUACUCAGUGCUAUUGAUAAUGGUAAACAGAUCAAGGAAGACCCCACAGAGAGACCACUGCAUCGAAGACAUCUUCACAAACACCCAUAUGAUCGAGGUCCCAGCUGGAGGAACUAGUUGUUGUAAAUUUUGUUUUUUACUUUUAUAUAAUAUAUAGAUGUGU